UCUUUCCUCACCUUUACCUUCCCAUCCAUCCUCUCUCUUCGAUCUAGUCGCUCUUUCUUACCCCUAUUCUCUUAGCCCAUCUGCCCCUAGCAUAAAUCCUGGCACUGGACGAUCGCAGUGCGAUUGUGAAACAAGCCGGUCACCUACUCGCAACCACACCAACUUUUGCAGGUCUAGUACCACCAAAUCAUACACUUAAGGUACCCAGGCGGAUUACCUUGACUCCUACAUUACCCUCCUCCCUUUUGCAUCGCAUAGAUAUUAUUCGCAAUGCUCUUCUCUAACGUCGUCUUUCCCCUGUUCACCUUAUCUUUUGCUGCGCCUGCAGUUUCCGCCAUGCACCUUAACCCAGCGCAUGCGAAGCGUGCUGCUGUGGCUCAUCGAGAUAUUGGGUCUGUCAAACUUGCUCGCAGUGAAGAUGCCGUUAUCGCUGGGCGAAACAAGGAGAAGCGACUUGUGCGCAAGAAGAAGAGGUCUACUUGUCAAGCCAAAUUCAACGCUACAUCCUCAUCUAUUGACUCCGGGACUUCUUCCUCUGUGACAGCAAGUGCGACUGCGACGAAUGCCAUUGGAAACAUUGAGAACUGGGCAAAUGGCAGUGCUUCUGCAUCGUCUUCCAAUGCUGAGAUGACCUCCACAUCAAGUGCCUUUUCUGCUGCUCAGACUGCCGCUUCUACUUCGGGCUGGUAUCUCGUUGAAGAAUGGUCUGGCAGUACUUUCUUUGAUAACUGGAGCUUCUGGGAUUACUCAGAUCCUACUCAUGGUACCGUUGAUUACGUUUCUGCUUCUGAGGCAUGGAACCAGGGUCUCAUCUCCAUUAACUCUGCUGGACACGCUAUCAUGAGUGUGGACACUACUGAAGUUGUUUCAGGCGGAAGGAAGUCGGUUCGAAUCCACGGCAACAAAAUUUGGAACGGAGGCAUGGUCAUCAUGGACGCCUAUCACAUGCCUACUGGCUGUGGCACUUGGCCUGCCUGGUGGCAAAACGGUCCUAACUGGCCUGAAGGUGGUGAAAUCGAUAUUCUUGAAGGCGUGAACGAUUUUACUCAAAAUCAAGUCUCUAUCCAUACCGGUGUGGGCUGUACUAUCCCCUCUGACACCAAUGACAAGCAAUUGGCCACUCUUACCACUGGCAGUUUUGACUCCUACGACUGCUCGUCUGCCGACACCUCCAAUCAAGGUUGUGGUGCCCGUGACGAGACCAACGAUAAUUCUUACGGUGCUAACUUCAACAGCGUAAAUGGUGGUGUCUAUGCCAUGCGAUGGGACAAGUCCGGCAUCGCCGCCUGGUUCUUCCAACGAAGCGAUAUUCCUUCUGACAUUACGAACAACUCCCCCGACCCUUCCACUUGGGGCACUCCCGUUGCCUACUUCGCUUCAGACAGCUGCGACCCCUACGAGUUCUUCUAUGACCACUUCAACAUCUUUGACACUACUUUUUGUGGUGACUGGGCCGGCGCCGACGGUGUUUGGAACAAUGCAGGCUAUGCCGGUCAGGACCAGAGCUGUGCUGCAAUCACGGGGUAUUCAACCUGCUCCGACUACGUGCUCAACAAAGGCUCUUCCUUUUCUGAAGCCUUUUGGGAGAUUGCAUCUGUUAAGUACUACAACUCCACCACUGAAGUCUAAACUGCUUCAUCUUGCAAUCCGUUGCAUGUGCCUUGCGGUGUCUCGAGUACAUUGCAUCCUUAAUUACACUUUUGUAUAGAAUUCUAUGCUCCUUUUCAAUGUGCUUUCCUUUCCUCUUUAUCCUCCUCUAGCCCCUUGCACUAUGAGACGCGGAACGGUUUGAUUUAAUUCGCCGCACUGUAAUAUCCUGUAAGAUUAAAUCAAAUCGAUAAAUCCGACCCCAAAGAUUAAAUCAAAUCGAUAAAUCCGACCCAACGAAUUGAAAUAAUACGGCGAAUGUAUUGAAUCAAAUCGAAAGAUCCGGAAACAAACCGCUGAUACUGAAUUAAAACAAUACCGUGAAUGUAUUGUAACAAACCUUUUGGCAACCCGAAAAACGAUUUGUUUCAAGCUCUGUACCGAUUUAUUUCAAGCCUAGUUACGGGUUGAAAUCAUCUCGAUUAUGAUUUGUUACAAUUGGUCACCACAGCUAGCUUGACUCGGUUUGUUUUGACUCUAUCUGAAUGCAUCAUGCACUACUACUAUGUAUUACUUUUACGUAUGACAACAUAACUAAUACGACAACAACGGCCAGAUGUUCGGCGCAUACCGCCGGCUCUUGAAGACCUCGGGCACCCUCUCCCGCAUCUAUACAUCGCUCCUUGAGUCGUGGUCCACUUCCCUCCAUGUCACCCGUCACAUCCUCCUCCCCACACCUUGUACCGCCGCCUCCCGCACUUGCUCCUGUAGGGGAUUGAACCCAUGGCUUCCCUCAGCACGUACCCAUCACCCGCGCUCCCUUCGUCCCUGGGCUUGGUGAGAGGGGCUGGAACAGCAAAAGAAGUGGAGCCAAUGACGGAGAUGUGGUUUGGGGCGACAGAAGCAGUAGCAGAAGUGGUUGUAGGAUGGGGUGUAGAGCUUGCAUUGGACUGUUCCCCUGUGAAAAUUAGACGCUCGUCACACCAGAGGGAAGCCGACUGUCGUUAUCGUUAGAAGUGUGUGGGACCAGGUAAGGAAUAGGGCGUUUCUUCUUACGCCCACGCCGCUUAGGCGCAGGCUCGGCCUUUAUUGGGCGAUAAAAUGGAUGAUAUGUUUUCGAGAAGAGAAGUAUUACUGGUGGCUCGACCCACCUGUCCUCUGGUUCGCAUCAUUGAAGCUGGAGUUGAGGGACACGCAUUGGUUCAGACUGAAGUGUCGAACCAGGACUAUGGGCUUUUAUAGACAAAGGGCUCCACAUUGCCACUCAGCCCAUGAUGCUGCUGCCGUCAAAGUCCUAUCGACCACCAUUCAAGAUAUGCAGACGAUACAGUCCGUCGGUCAUAAAAGGAGUUAACGCCAACAAUUGACAAAUUCCAUUGACAACUGAAACGCAGAUGCAAGAUCUGAUUACAUCAUCAGUUUUCUCAACUAUUAUAAGUCGCCACUCUGAAAUGAAUUUCUAAAUAACUCCUUUAAUAUGUUACAUACGUAAUAAAAGAAUGUG